AUGAUAGAACCUGUUAUAUAUUUUGGCAAAUUGGCCAUACGAUUGCCCUAUGUGCUUGCCAAAAGUUGGCUGAGUGGCAACUUUCAUGACCUGAGUUUUGCCAAAAUGUUGAUCAUAGUUUUCCUAAUGGAAGCGGCAAACAACCUAGAUCCAGUCACGCUAAAGUGGAUUGUGAACCCCACGUUGCGAGCAGUAAACCUGGUAGCGUUUUGGUGGUUAGGUGCAGGGCCUCAAAAAGGUUUGCUGAGGUGGAUCUACGAAGAACCGAAUGCUCCUGUCUUGCUGUACGUCCAUGGCGGCGGGAUGUGCAUUGACUUGAUAGCGAGCAGUUUGAAGUAUAUACGAUGCCUCAAACAAGAAAUUGGUCAUCUUUCCGUUGCUUACGUUGAUUACUCAUUGUGCGAACGUUAUCCCACAGCCAUCGACGAGGUUUGGGCGGAAUAUAGAAGCUUGGUUGCAAAGGGCCACCGUGUAUGGCUAUUUGGCGACUCUGCAGGUGCCAAUAUCUGUCUAAACAUACUACAGCAGUGUGUGGUCGAAAGCCAGGUAUUGCCGGAGAAGUGUGUGACAAUUAGCCCCUGGCUCAACGUAACGAAAACCGAAUCCAGCAUAUCUCGUACUGACGCAAUCGAUUUUCUCACCUGGGACCAGCUGGCAAUGUUCAAAAACGUAUAUGCUCCUAAUGGAAACCAUCUCGAUCCCUACUUGAAUUUAGAAACCAAUUUCAACCCUGGUCUGUGGGCUCAGGUGCUUGAAUCUACUAAGAUAUUAAUUGUAUGCGGUCAAGAUGAGAUCCUAUAUCCAGAAAUAUCCAGAUUUGGCCAGAAACUAAUAAAAAUUGAUGAAGAUCAGGUAAAAUUAGUUUCACAACUUCGAGGAGUUCAUUGUGACACGCUUAUUUUUAACGGACAAGCCUCUGAUGAAAUCUUGAAUUUCUUGAAGUCAGACGUUAAAUAA